GAGCUGGUCCCCACCGCCCGCGCCCACCUCGCCCCUGCAGCCUGCCGCGGCUAAGCCAGCAGGCAAUCGCUGCUGCUAACCUUCCUCCGGCAUCAGGACCACCGCCUGGGACCUCCAGCGACCCCUGAAAACCUCUCUCUGCCACAGGUGACCCCUGACAACCACGCCCAGGUACCAGCAGUCCCAGACAACUGCUCCAAGCCAUCGGUAACCCCUGACAACCGCCACCAGCCACACCCACCCCCACCUUGGUCCCCAGGCGCACCAUGAAGUCGACGGUGGGCUUGCGUCGUGGUGGGUCUGGCGGCCGUGGAGGUGGCGGCUGGGGCGGAGGGCGCGGGGGCGGAGGCGGAGCGGGCAAGGGAGCAGGAGGCGACGGCGGCCCUGGAGGCAAGGGCGGCUUCGGGGCGCGGACGCGCGGCUUCGGUGGCGGCCGGGGCCGGGGGCGCGGUGGCGGCGGAGGAGACGGCCGGGGGGACCGCGGAGGCGGCGGGCAGCUGCGCGGCGUGGCCAAGAGCAAGAACCGCCGCAGGAAGAGCGUCUUGACGGUGUCGGUGGAGCCGCACCGGCACGAGGGCGUCUUCAUCUACCGCGGGGCGGAGGACGCGCUGGUCACGCUGAACAUGGUACCGGGCCAGUCGGUGUACGGCGAGCGGCGGGUCACGGUGACCGAGGGUGGUGAGAAGCUGGAAUACCGCACGUGGAACCCCUUCCGCUCCAAGCUGGCCGCGGCCAUCCUGGGCGGGGUCGACCAGAUUCACAUCAAGCCCAAGUCCAAAGUGCUGUACCUGGGUGCCGCCUCGGGGACCACUGUGUCCCACGUCUCCGACAUCAUCGGCCCGGACGGCCUGGUCUACGCGGUCGAGUUCUCCCACCGCGCCGGCCGCGAUCUCGUCAACGUGGCCAAGAAGCGAACCAACAUCAUCCCGGUCCUCGAAGAUGCGCGCCACCCGCUCAAGUACCGCAUGCUCAUCGGCAUGGUGGACGUGAUCUUCGCCGACGUGGCGCAGCCGGACCAGUCCCGCAUCGUGGCUCUGAACGCCCAUACCUUCCUGCGCAACGGGGGCCACUUUCUUAUCUCCAUCAAGGCCAAUUGCAUCGACUCUACCGCGUCGGCCGAGGCGGUGUUCGCCUCUGAGGUGAGGAAGUUGCAGCAGGAGAAUUUAAAGCCUCAAGAACAGCUGACUCUGGAGCCCUACGAAAGGGACCACGCUGUGGUGGUCGGGGUCUAUCGGCCCCUUCCUAAGAGCGGCGGCAAGUAGCCACCCAGCUCGGGCGGUCCCUGAGAUGUGCCCAAGACUGUACUGUGCUCCGUGUUACUGUGUAU